AUGAAGCAAGCAGCGACGACGCUGCCAGUAACAACUCACCGCUACAGCGACGAAGUCAGGCGCUGCUCCUCCGUUCAUCAACGCGGCAAAUGGUGUUUGCACAGUCGUUGUCGGGCAUUAGGGUGGUGGAUUUGCAUUUCGAAAUUCUUGUUCUGUGGUUUCCUUGAGCAAAAAUUCAAGAAUAGAAUGGCAUUUCCUCUUCCACCUCCAUUGCCGACUCAAAAAGGCUUUACGCCAACUAAAUCGAAGAUUAAAUCAUGCUCCUCUGCCUCUAUUACUAUGAAUCAUUCAUUGGACUGCCUCUUUGAUGAAGGUUAUCGAGCAGAUGUCUCAAUCUUAAUGGAUUACGACAACAUCAUCUAUGCACAUGCGAGUAUUCUUGGUGCAACUUCUCCUGUAUUCAAAGGUAUGCUAAAGCAAUCGAGAGGCCAUAGGCAUACUCGCGAGCGAGCAAUCUCAAUUCGUGGGGUUCCACCAGAGGCUGUCCGAGUCUUCAUUCGAUUCUUAUAUUCUUCCUGCUACGAAGAAGAAAAAAUAGAGGAAGUCGCACUUCCUUUACUGGUGUUGUCACAUGUAUAUGUGGUUCCACGGUUGAAGCGACUGUGUGAGUUGUGGCUAGAGCAGAAAUUGAUAAAUACGGAGAAUGUAAUCGAUGUCUUUCAGCUGGCAUUGCUUUGUGAUGCUCCUCGGCUUAGCUUCAUUUGCCACCGUUUCAUCCUGAGAAAUUUCAAACCAGUUUCUGCCUCUGAAGGAUGGAAAAUAAUGAAAAAGAGCCACCCAAAACUGGAAAAAGAAAUUACUGAAUCCGUUAUUUAUGAGGAUGUUGCGAAAAAAGAGAGGUCAAGGAAGAUCAACGAGAGAAAAACUUAUUUACAACUAUACGAGGCAAUGGAAGCUCUUGUUCAUAUAUGUAGAGACGGUUGUCGAACUAUUGGCCCACAUGACAAGAUAUUAAGAGACGAUGAGGCACCUUGUAAGUAUGAAGCUUGUAAAGGCAUAGAAAUGCUUAUUCGCCACUUUGCUCGGUGUAAGAUGAGAGGUCCAGGUGGCUGCAUCCAUUGCAAGAGAAUGUGGCAGAUCUUAGAAUUGCACUCUCGUCUUUGUGCUGAUUCCGACCUUUGUAAGGUUCCUUUGUGCAGGAAUUUUAGGCAAAAGAGAAGAAAACAGAACAAGAAAGAAGAUAUUAGAUGGAGAAUUUUGGUGAGAAAAAUUGUGAGAUCAAGGAGUAUUUCAGGAGCCCCAUUCUUUUCAUUGGAAUGCUAA